GAUGAAAAGAGGCUGCUGGAUCCAGGGUUGAAAGUUCAUAAAGGCCUCUGGGAUUAUACUCUGAAGAACCAGCAGAUGGACUGCCUGAGUGACUGAAGAAAAUGGGUGCUAAUGCAUCUAACUAUCCUCAUUCAUGCUCCCCAAGGGUAGGGGGAAAUUCUCAAGCCCAGCAGACUUUUAUAGGGACAUCAUCCUACUCUCAGCAAGGCUAUGGUUGUGAAUCAAAAUUAUAUAGCCUUGAUCACGGCCAUGAGAAACCACAAGACAAAAAAAAGAGAACCUCUGGCCUUGCCACCCUCAAAAAGAAGUUUAUUAAGCGUCGGAAAUCUAAUAGGUCUGCUGAUCAUGCCAAGCAGAUGCGAGAACUCCUCUCUGGGUGGGAUGUUAGAGAUGUUAAUGCAUUAGUGGAGGAAUAUGAGGGAACUUCAGCCUUAAAGGAACUUUCUCUGCAAGCCAGUUUGGCUAGACCAGAAGCCCGGACACUGCAGAAAGAUAUGGCCGAUCUUUAUGAGUACAAAUAUUGUACCGAUGUAGACUUAAUAUUUCAAGAAACUUGUUUUCCUGUUCAUCGUGCCAUUUUGGCAGCAAGGUGUCCAUUUUUUAAAACACUGCUUUCUUCCUCACCCGAGUAUGGGGCAGAGAUAAUAAUGGACAUCAAUACAGCUGGUAUAGAUAUGCCCAUGUUUUCUGCUUUGUUACACUACCUUUAUACAGGAGAGUUUGGAAUGGAGGACUCAAGGUUUCAAAAUGUUGAUAUCCUCGUUCAGCUUAGUGAAGAAUUUGGAACACCAAAUUCCCUUGAUGUAGAUAUGCGUGGACUUUUUGAUUACAUGUGUUAUUAUGAUGUCGUCCUUAGUUUUUCUUCAGAUUCUGAACUGGUUGAAGCUUUUGGUGGAAAUCAGAACUGUUUAGAUGAAGAGCUCAAAGCUCACAAGGCUAUCAUUUCAGCACGGUCCCCAUUUUUUCGAAAUUUAUUGCAGAGGAGGAUACGGACUGGUGAAGAAAUCACAGACCGAACUUUGAGGACUCCCACAAGAAUUAUAUUAGAUGAGUCCAUUAUACCAAAAAAAUAUGCGAAAGUUAUAUUACACUGUAUGUAUACGGACAUGGUGGACCUCUCCGUUUUGCACUGUAGCCCCUCUGUCGGGAGUCUCAGUGAAGUUCAGGCUCUCGUCGCAGGGAAGCCAAACAUGACCAGGGCAGAAGAAGCCAUGGAACUUUACCACAUAGCACUAUUCUUGGAAUUUAACAUGCUUGCACAAGGUAUGAAAUUUUUAAUUUUGGUUUCUGGAAUUACAUAUUAUUUAUCUUCCAAAUUGCGAACAGAACCAGAAUCCAUGAUUUCAGUGUUUGUGAUGUGA